UAAUAUGGCCCUUUUCUGUUUUUUUUUGUCUAUAAUGUCCUUUUCUUGAAGAAUGGUUGACAAGGUGGACCUAUUAUUCUAUUAUGGGGGCAAGUGGGUACUGACACCUAAUGUUAUUUACAUUAAAAAAUUCACUCAUGUUUGGAAGGAGUAUGAUCCAGAUUUAUUGUCAUAUAUAGACAUAUGUGAAGAGUUCCAUGAAAAGUUAGGCUUUAGUAAGGUACAACAACUUCUACUCAAAGGACCUUCUGAGACGUAUUAUUUGAUUGAGGGGGAUUCUGGCAUAAGAACAAUACAAACAGCACUGUCUAUUAAGUCCGGUGUACUUGAAUUAUUUGCUGUAGAUGAGGGGGAUGAUGUUGUUCCAGCUAUUGACAUCAGCCACAAUGAUGAACCAUACUUAGUCACAGUAGAUGUUGCUACUGAAGGUGAAUCAAGUGAGGAAGAAGAUGAUGAAACUGAACCUAAUCUAGUCACAUUGAAUGAACCUAAUCUAGUCACAGUGAAUGUUGGAAUAGAUGUUGCAACUGAAGGUGAAUCAAGUGAGGAAGAAAAUAAUGAAAAUGAGCCUUAUCCAAGUGACUACAAUAGUGAAGAAUUGGAAUCCUUUAGGUUGGAAAAGAAAAGAGAAAUUAAUGAUCAACUUGACAACUUUAAAGAGUUGGAAAAAGGUAUGAGUUUUAAGAACCUUGAUGAAGCUAAAAGGGUUGUAAGUUACUACUGAAUUGCUAGGAAGGUUGCCCUUAGAGUUGACAAGAGUGACUCUGUUAGAGUUAGAUAUAAAUGUAUUGUUGGUUGUCCUUUUGUGAGUCUUAUUUCUGAAGUUAAGAAAGGGCAAGGAUUUGAAAUUAAGACUUUGCAAACAAAACAUACAUGUCCAGAAGCAUUCAAGAAUAGAAGAGCUACUCAACAAGCUCUAGCACACUACUUUAAGAAUAGGGUCCAAAAUGAUCCUAACUGCAAAGUGACUGAAAUGAGAAAGAUUGUAGAUGAUAACUUUAACCUUAAUAUUAGUUAUUCAAAAAUGAAGAGGGUUAAAAGACUUGUACUGGAAAAACUAGAUGGUAGCUAUGUUGAUGAUUUCAAUAAAUUGGAGGGUUAUGCUCAAGAGUUAAGGGACAGUAAUCCUGGUACUGAUGUAAUUAUAAACAUAUCCAAAGAGGCUUUGUUGGAACAUGGACAAAUAAAAUUUUUGAGAAUGUAUAUUUUUAUUCAGGCUUUGAAAAGUGGUUGGAGAGCUGGUUUGAGACCAUUUAUAGGGUUAGAUGGCACCUUUUUAAGAGGCAAGUUCAAGGGAAUUUUAUUGGUCGCACUUGGUCAAGAUUCAAUGAAGCAUUUCUAUCCACUUGCUUGGGCAGUAGUUGAUAGAGAAACUAUUAGAACAUGGAAAUGGUUCAUUGAGUUGCUGAGGAACUCAUUGGGGUUGGCAGAUGGUGAAGGAUUGACACUAAUGUCUGAUAUGCAAAAGGGCUUGAUUGGUGCUGUUAGUGCUUUGCUUCCAAAAGCACAACAUAGAUGGUGUGCAAAACACAUAGAAGCCAAUUGGUCUAAGUCUUGGAGUGGUGUACAGAUGAAGAAGAUGUUUUGGUGGUAUGCUUGGAGUACAUAUGGAGAGGAAUUUGAAGACCAAUUAAAGUCCAUGGGUUCUGUGUCUAAAAAAGCAGUCGAAGGUCUUUUAUGGUAUCCACCACAACAUUGGUGCAGGGCCUUUUUUGACACUGUCUGCAAAAACUACUCAUGUGAAAAUAAUUUUACUGAGUCUUUCAACAAAUGGAUUUUGGAAGCAAGGGCAAAACCAAUAAUCAAGAUGCUGGAAGACAUUAGAAUUAAGGUUAUGAAAAGGUUGAAAAAACUUGAAGAAGAGGGUAAGAAGUGGACGGAAGAGUAUAGUCCAUAUUCUGUGGAUCUGUAUCAUGAUUUCAGAAUGAUUGCUCAAGGUUGUCAAGUUGUUGCUAAUGGAGACUUAGGAUAUGAGGUGGUUGAGGGUGUAGAUAGACAUGUUGUGAAUCUUGCUAGAAAGAAGUGUACUUGUAGGACAUGGGAUUUGAAAGGAAUACCAUGUCCUCAUGCUAUUAAAGCAUUAGAACAUGAUAAAAUAGAGCCACUGAAUGAGAUGCAUUGGUGGUAUUCUAAAGAAGCUUACUUGCUUGUAUACCAGCCUAAAAUGCAACCUGUUAGAGGUGAGAAAUUCUGGAAAAUUGAUCUUUCUCAAUCUAUGCAACCACCACAAAUUCAUAAAUUGGUUGGUAGACCAAAAUUAAAGAGAGUAAGGGAAAAAGAUGAGGCAAGAAAAAGGGAAGGAUUAUGGUCGAAAAGUAGAAAAGGAUUGCAAAUGACAUGUGGAAAUUGCAGUGCUGUAGGUCAUAAUCGAAGAAGAUGUCCCCUACUUCAAGAAGGAAGACAAGUUCUCCCAGAUGAACCAAUCUUGAUGCCAACUCUUGAAUUUGUUGCAUCUUCUAGUCGACAAACUAGCCAUCAAUCAAGUGAAGAAUUCAAUGAAGUUGCUGGUCCUUCAAAAUCAAAGAGAAAAAAUGUUUCAAAGGACAAAGUUGAUGCACUACCAAAGAGGUCUAAAAACGAUGGAAAAGAAAAAGUUAUUGCACCUUUGAUUGCAAUUGUUGAUCGGGAUGAAGUUGAAGACAGUAUUGAAUCUGAGGAUGAGAAUACAAUCCUUGCACCUAGAGUGAUAUCUGAAGAAAAAACUAGACUUCAAAUGAAGAAGAUGCUACAACAACCAAUUGGUUCAAGAAUGAUUAGUUAUAAGGGUGAUGAAAAUGGUGUUGUUGUCCCUACUAAUUUACCAUACUCACCAAAAAAGCUAACUUGGAAAGGCAAAGCAUGUGUGACCUCAAGUCAGUUGAAUAAAGACAAGGAAAAAAAGAUUGGCAAGCUUAAGGCAAAGAGGGGCAAACAUUAGAAAGUAGUUGUUAAGUAUUGGUUUAAAGAGUUUUUAUUUAGUAUGUAAUGGCACAAUGGAACUUCUUAAACUGCUAUUUUUGGAGGGGCAAGCAUUACAAAUUAGAUUGAUAAUGUUUUGUUGGCUGAAAAUAUUUUGUGACUUGAAAAUUUUAUGAAUGCAUUCUAU